CCUUCUUGUUGGGCUUUUGAAGAGGCCUGGUUCACCCCCUUCCAGAGUGAACUCACCCACGUUUUCUAGGGUUUGGAUUCCAAAAUACAGCUUUUCUGUCUCCCGCUCGAGCUCGCUCUCUCCUCUCUCCUCUCUCCUCUCUCUAGGUUUCACCAUGAGCAGGUCAGGUCAGCCUCCAGAUCUCAAGAAAUACAUGGACAAGAAGCUACAGAUCAAGUUGAAUGCAAAUCGGAUGGUGGUUGGGACACUCCGUGGCUUUGAUCAGUUUAUGAAUCUUGUGGUUGACAACACUGUGGAGAUGAAUGGCAAUGAGAAAACUGAUAUAGGCAUGGUGGUUAUCAGAGGAAAUAGUGUGGUCACUGUUGAAGCGCUUGAACCAGUAAGCAGAGCACAGUGAGGUUGUACUAGUAUUAGUGGAAUGUAGUACAUACUAGCAUGCUUUCUUUAGGAGAAUAGAGCUGCUAGUGUGGGAAUGAAGAAUGUACCAACUUCAAUGUGGCUUUUUUGUGUUACUAGUUGUCUUUGUAACCAUGAUAUAUAACAAUCAGUAGUUUGUUGAUAAGCUCUUAUAUUUUGCUUCUGAUAUCAAUCUAGGAAUGAGUAGUGACCAUGGAUGACUUUAUGUGGCUAUAUGAGACUAUAUCUAUGUGCUGUACUGGGCUAAAAUUCAAUUGAUUGAAUGUAGGCUUGCACCGGCUUAUACUUGCUCCA